CCUGUGUUUUGUGGUAAUAUGAUAUAAAUCGAAGGUGACCGUCCUACCAUAAUACCGUGACUCUAUUGUUCAAAAUCGGAAUGUUCGAACGCAUUUUCCAUUAUCGUUGUUCAAUGACGGUUACAAUUCCAAUUGUAGUUAGUAAACAUAAUAUAUUAUCGGUAAUUAUUAAUAGAACAAUAGAGACUAGAGAAUAAAAAUUGAUCGUUAUUGUUUUAAUUUUCUCCAACUAAUGUUAGUGAAAUAAUUCCAUUUAUCGGUUCAAUUAAAAGUAAGUUUUUAUUCGUGAACUCCAAAAAAUGAAUAUGCCCAAAAGUAUAAUUUUUAUUUUCAUGGUGUUUAUUUCAUUGGCGAAUGCUGAUAGAAAGGUAAUAAUUAUUAUAUUCUAUUAUUAUAAAUUACUUAACUAAAUAUUUAUUUUCAUUAAAAUAGCUGCACGCUGAAUUCAAUCCAGGAUGUAAAGUUGACCAUUGUUCAAGUCUUAAUCUUGCAUACAUACGCUCUGAUGGUGAUAAUGACACAGUGCAUUUCUUAUUUGAUUUUACUGAAAAACCGUCUUUAGUUAUUUUAACAUCGGCCAAAGAUUCUGUUAUUAAAGUAAAUUACACUGCAACUAUUGAAACUUUAAAAUUUACAAAGACUCCACUUUAUACUUUUGCAACAGUGUUUAAUAAUGUAAGUAAACAUCAUUAAUAAUAACUUAUUAUUUUAAUUGUUUUUGGAGGUAAAAGAUACUUAGUGAAAUAUUUUAUUAAAUACUAGAUAGAUAUGAACAAUAUUAUCUAACAUGUUAUGUUUUGUUUAUUAAUUUUACAGUAUUUGGUCUUUAAUAUAAAUAGUAUAAAUAUUUAGUAUGUACUUUUCUGUUAGGCUGUAAUUUUGCGCGAUGUUUUGAUUUAUUUUAAAAAUAAAAGUUUAACAAAAAAAAUUAUGAAUAUCAUGCUUAUAAAGUUUUUAUACAUAAACCUUGAAAAUAGCAUUUUUUUAUUAAGAACGUUUAGAAUUCAAUAUUUUCAAAAUAUUAUUUUGCUUAAAUGUGAAGUUUUCAUGUUUAAUCUGUUGAGUUACCUUGAGUACCGCAGUGUGACACUCUUUUCUUGAGGUAAUAUAGACCUAAUAGUCCUACAACAUGGUCUAAAUGUAAUACUGGUCUAAGGCAGUUAGUAUUUCAAGUAGAACCUAAACCUUUUCAUCUUAGAUUGGGUUUUGAAUCACCUUUAUUCUCACGUCAGAAUUUUUAUUCAAAAUGUAGUCUUGUUAACAUGAAAGUAAAUUUAGUUAUACAAUAAUAAAAAGAUAAAAAAUUGACCAGCAGAGCUCCGUCAUUAGAGUCCAAUAUUUGUCCUGAAUGUAUUAUGAUAAGGAAUUGAACAAACAAAUUGUAGUUUUCAAGAGUUUUGCUAAUAUACAAACAAACAGUGAAAAGGUUUUAAAUUCAAACCUUACCUUUAAAAAGGCGCGAUUCUUGAUAACAAUUUAUUUAUACAUAUUUUAACCAAAUUAUUACACAUUUAUUUUUAUAGUCUAUAAUAAUAUUUUUUAAAAUUGUUUUUAAUAAAACAAUGGCUUUAGUUUAAAAGGAGUUGUAGUAUCAAACCUGGGUUUUUUUCUUAGAUUUCCAAUUUUGAAAUUGGAAAUAAUUUCAAUAUUGAUUAUUAGUAGAAGAGAAUUCAGAAUUGUAGAGUUACUAGCAUUUACUACAGAGCUGUAGUAAAUGUACUAUUAAGUAGAACAUAAGGUCCAGUUUCAAGGUCUCCCAUGUGUAUAUUAUCAAUAUCUAAAUUAAUAUCUAAUAAAUGAAUACUAUGAAGAAAUAAAUCUUGUUAGCCAAUGGCCCAAGUCACCAAGGCAGCUUUCAUUAAUAAAAAAAAAUGUAUAUAAUCUAAUUAUUGACCUUCAAUGUUUUCAAAAAAAUUUCAAAAUCAUAUAUCAUCCAUCAAACUUGUAUCUUGUUCGUCACCAAAUUCUAUGUCAUCUUUAAAAUCUAAUUUUUUGUCCAUCAGCCAUUGUAUUAUUUAAUUAAAAAAACUUAUACUUAAUAAUUUUUUACUUUAAUUUAAAUUUAUUUAAUAUGAGUAUUUCAUAGUCAAUUAACUAGAAAAAAAAACAUGAUUAAAUUAUGUAUGUUUUUAUUUAUUUAUUGUAUAUUAAGGUCAAUGUUGAAAUAUUGUAAUAAACAAUAAUUAAUAAAAUCUACUCAUUUUCUUAAUGGUAUACAUAUUACUAUUGAGGGUAAAAUAUUUUGGUCAUAAUUGAGUUUAUCAUAUUUUGUUGUCUUAAUUACUUUAAGGGGGUUUCAUCUCAUUAUCACAUCACAACAUUUGUUUUCUCUGUUUGUCUAAACAUAAUAUAGCUACAAAGGCAUUUCUCAUUUCUAUAUUUGUAACUCUGAUAAACUUUAGGGCAAAUUAAUCUAUUGAUAUUAUUUUAUAAAAAAAAGCAUUUAUAGAUCCCAUACAUUUUUAUUUUAUUUUAAUUUUAACUAUUAGGUUCCUAUUAAUAAAUUAAAAUUUUAAAAAAGUCAUUCAUAGGAUCUGUAGUGAAUACUCUUCAUUAUAAUGGAUAAUAAAUCCCUUUGACUUAAACUCAAAUAACUGUGAAAUGCCUUUGUUUUUAUAUUACACAGAAGAGAAAACAAAUGUUAAUGGUAAGGCUCUUAAAGAAAUUAAUCAACUUGUUUGUCACUUGUGUUUUAUUUCAGUUAUACGAGUUUAAUGAUGUCAAUGAUACAGCAAAAAUAGAAAACGGUGAAAAUAUUAUUACCAUGAAUUUUAAUCAAUUUAAUUGGAAAUUGAUAUCAUUAAAAAAUUAUGAUAACAAAUCUGUAGAAGUUAAUAUAUCUUCAAAAUAUUUUAGAGCACCAGGCAUUGAAAAACAUGGCAAUGUAUCCAUUACAGUAAGAAUUUAUAAAGAUAGUUGGCCUUGAGCUCAUUUACAAAUAGAACUAAUUGAUAAUAAAAUAAAUUUAUGUGUAUUUGGUAUGACUAUUUUCAACGACUAUUCAUUUUUCAAUGACUAUUCAUGACAUUUUUAAAUUUAUAGACAUAUUCAGUUUUAUAGUUAUUUAUUUUUUUCAUUAUUAUUAGAUGCUUGAAUUGUAUGCAUUAUUUAUAAACAUUAUACAAUAACUAGGUUCAAAGCAGAAAUAAUAUAUUAUGCAAUAAUAUAUGUGUUACUGUUUGAUAAAUUUAGUUAAUAUGUAUAACUAGUAAUUUUAUAUAGUAUUUAAAUUGUUUACAAUUUUGUAAAACUUGCUUUACCAACUGGUAACUUUUUAAACUAACAAAUCACUCUGGUGAAUGUGGUAAAUUUAUAAUUAUACAUAGUUGUCAGUACUUUGGUUAGUAUGAUAAGGUUAGGUUGUUAGAUUUGGUGUAAUGGCAAAAGUGGGUCUGCUAUUAGCAAAAAAUGCAAUUGAAAAAGUUGUUCAAAAUCAGAGAGAUCAGACAUUCAAGUUCUUGAGUUUGACAGAGGAAAUAGUGAUUCCAGAAAUAUCUUGGAAUUAUUUUAGAGGUAGAUGAGGAAAAAGACUUGUAUGAGAUAAGUAUCAAAGAAGGCCAUUUGGCACAAUUUCAGGAAUCAAUUUAAUAUUUGUCAAAAAAAGUUCAUGUGUAAAGAGGAUGUUGUAACAUCCCAUAAAUAGUAAAUUAAUAAAAUAAUAUAUUUACUUAACUUCUUUUUAUUUUAUAAACAAUUCGCAGAGUUUUGUCUGUAGCUAUUUUAUCUAUUAGAAAAUGUGUAGGAACCAAAUAAAAAUAACAAUAAUACAACUUUUUCUUUGAUUUUAUUUACAAUUUUGAUAAUCUAGUAGUAAAGGUUAAAAUUGUUACUAAAUUUAUUAUAAAAUGUAUUAUGUGAGAAACUUGUGUAUUAAACUAUUUUAAUUUUCAACAACAUUUACACUACUUAUAUAUACACAUACAUUUAGUACAUAUUACUUAUUUAGUAUUUAGGUUUACAAUUAUGGGAAAGGAAGGCCCAAAAAGAGGUCUUUAGAUGAUAUUAAGAAUGAUGUGAGGGCGGCAAAUAAAUGAGAGUGGGUGAUCAGAUACGAGGGUAGCCAAUCCCAAAUAGAUAGAGGCGAAAAAGAAGAAUUUCGGUCUCUAUUUAUUAUAUUUGUAGUAGUUUAUAUUUUUAUGAUUAAUAAUUACUUAAUGUGUAUAUAUAAAAGAAUUUAAAAUAUUUCAGUUAUUUUUAAUGGAUGGGAUUGAAAUUUAAUAUUUUCUUCUCUUAUCUAAUACAUAAUAUUUAGUUUGUCUAUUUAGAUCAAUUUUUCGGCAAUCAGUCGGCAUAAAAUAAGCCAUAAGUUUAGUAAAGUUUUAUUGACAAUAAAAAGUAUAUUCAUGUUACUUUUUAAAUUUUAGUGCUCUGAGUAAUCAUACACACCAAAUUCAAAUCAUUUUCUGAAUUCCUAUUAUCACUACAUAAAUCCUACUGAUUGCCAGAGAAUUAUUCUGCUAUGUGCUAUAUGCUAUGUGUUAGACAAAGAAGUUAAACAAAUCAAAUAUAUUUUGAAUUGAUUAUUUUAUCAAAUAUAAACAAACGAUAAUAUUAUAAAAUGCCUAUGUCAUUGAAAAUUUUUAAAUUAAGUUUUUCUCUAAUUCUUUUUUAAUUAUACAUUCUAUAAACAUUUAUUUGUUAUUAAAUUAUUAACUUGAUCAUUUUUAAUUUUAGUUAAAAAUAUAUGGAGAAAAAGGUAUAGGAUCAAAGCUCCCUUGCCUUACCCAUACUCCUGAAUCUGGUGAACUUACAAUUACACUUGAUCAAUUGAAAACCAAUUUUACAAAAUCACGUUUUGCUGUUGAGUUACUUUCUCUGAGCUCUUUUCCAUUUAAUAAAUCUGAAGAAAUAUCAGUAGAUACAUUUUCGGAUGAUAAAUUAUCUGGUGGUACAUUUUUGGUAAGUUAAUAAAUUAUUAUGUAAAAGUUGUGCUUUUGCAAAAUAUUUACAUUUAAUUGUUUAAACUAUGUUUGUAAAUACAUUUUUGGAAAUUAGUCUGAUACAUAAAUAUGAAUUUAAAUAAUAUAAUCUACUCCUAAUCAUAUUUUCCUUUCAGUUACUGUUUAUUUAUUUCAACAUCAUUGGUAUCUUCGCUUGCCCAAAUCACUGAAUUAUCUGUUUCUUGUUUAUAUGUUUUUCUUUAGCUAUUUAUUGCCUUGUCAAAUUGACGCUCUGAGUUUCCUCAAAUAUUUAAAGGAUAAAUUACAAAUAUUGUAUAUCUUUUAUUUUACAUGAUGUAAGAAAUUUCAUGAACUUAUGAUUUACAUUUUAGAACUAUUUAGUGACUACAAAAGGAGAUGAUAAAGAAGGCGGAGGUGGUUAUCUAAGUUGGAAACCAGUAAUGUAUAAAGCAGCUGAUACGCAUGCAUUAAAUUCUUCAUCUACAAAUCAGUAUGCGGUUUUAGAUCAUUUUGAUGUAAAAGAUUGGACUAAAACUCCUUUAUUUACAAUGUUUAAUAAUUCAAUAUUCGAUCAUAGUUAUCUUCUGAAAGCAACUAAUGUGUCAUUCGGACAGCCCAAUGAUGAUUUUUAUAGAAAAUCAAAUUAUCUAUAUUGGUAAAAUUUAUAUUUAAAUAAUAUUUAUUCAUUUUUUCAUUUAAUAAGUAUAAUAUCUAAUUUUGUUUCAGGACAUUUUUGGUUGGAGUUGGUGCACCUCCCCAUUCCCGUAUAGGUUUUCUAGAGUUGUCAAUCAUUGCCAGUCUUCUAUUAAUGUCAACUAUUACUAUGAUUAUUAUGUUUUGUGUAUUUAUGCGUUGGGUGUCUAGUAAACGUAAUUCAAUUAUUUAUGGCCAAUAAGAUGUUACUUAUACUUAAACCUAUAAAAUUUUAACCAAGCUUUUUAGUGAUCAUGCAAAGCUUGAGUUCAGAUUGUAAUCUCUUAAAUUAAGUUUAUUUCUCUAUUAAUUUAUUGUCUAAAAGAUUUGAGCUAGUCCUUUAUUUUUAAGAUAUUUUUGACAAAAAUGUGAUUAUGAUAAGGGUCAUUCCAUAUUUAAUUUUAGGUUGCUCAUAUGACAAUCAAUUUUUUUUCUCAGUUUUAAAACAUUUUUACUUUAAGUGGCUCACAAUUUUGGUUCCAAGACAUGUAAAAUAUUUAAAAAAUAAUAUUUAAAUGUAUUUAUGACUAAUAAAGUUUUAUAAAAGAAGAAAUAUUCUUUAUAUUAAAAUUUGAAGUAUUAAAAAAUAAUAUAUAAAUGUCAUGUUUUUAUGAAAUUUAAUCGUCUGAACUAAAUCAGAAAAUUCAAAUAACAUGUAGUGCCUAUUUAACUUUAAAUUAAAAAUUGUUGUUUUAUAUAUAUAUAUAUGAAAAAAACUAUUUAAAUUUGUCUUAUUUAUUUAAAACGGGUGCAAUUAGAAAUGUAAUAUACUAUAAUUUCUAAUAUUGUAUAAGUUUGGAAACUAUAUUUUUAUAUAAAAAACCAUAUUACAAAUUUAAUAUAUAUAUAUCUUGUAUAAUUAAAAAUAUUAAAAAUACUUCAUUUUCUGUAUGUUAUAAAUAUUGUGAUAAAUGGACUGAGAAAUAUAAAUGUUAAAUAAUGAAGAUUUGUAUAAAAUAAUGAACUAUUAUGUCAUGUAGUUUUUUUCCACUUAAAACUCAUACAUUUGGUAAACUAAAAUAUAAUAUAUAUUUGUCCAAAGUUAUUAAUGUCAAAUUGUAAUUUACUAAAUAUCUCAAAUUGAUAAUUUGUAUGCAAUUAAAUAUAACUACAUUGUAUGUAACAUUAAUAUUAUUGUGCUAAUUACUUACAGUUCCCUUUUAUUAAAUAUAUUAUAUAAUUAAUAUUGUAUCAUGUUAAUGUAAUUUAUUUUUUUAAUGUAUAAUUGUAAAUGCUAAUUACUUCUAUAGUUAACCAACUUUGAAAUUUGUAUUCCUGCCAAAACAUGUAAUUGUAUGCUUAUUAUAUAUAUAUACUAAUUUUAAUUAGAUUAAUUAAGCUUAAUUAAUUUUAUAUAUACAUUAUUCAUAUUUGAAUACGCACAGCAAAUAUAUUUUAAAUAAAAUAAUUAUAGUAGCAUAUAAUGUAUUUUUUUGAAAAAAAUUUAUUAGAAAAAAAAAAAAAAAAAAAACCAUUAUUCUUGAAAUAAUUAAAAUUUAAAAGCUUGAUAUUAUUGGGAAACAUCAUCAGAAUUUGUUGAUGAUGAUGCAGGCGGUGCUGUUGUUUCUUCCUGCUCAGCUAGUUUCUCGGAAGCUACAAACAA